CUGCUCGGCAGAAUGGCAACAGAGGAGCGGCAUCUCUCCUCCAGCUGUGGGUCCUUCAUCAAGACCGAGCCCUCCAGUCCAUCUUCUGGCAUCGACGCCAUCAGCCACCACAGCCCGAGUGGCUCCUCUGACGCUAGCGGUGGCUACGGCAUCGCCAUGGGCGGCCACCCCAAUGGCCUGGACUCGCCACCCAUGUUCAAUGGCGCGGGGAUCGGCGGCGGGUCCUGCCGUAAGCGUUACGACGACUGCGCCAGCGCCAUCAUGGAGGACUCACCCACCAAGUGCGAGUACAUGCUCAAUGCGAUCCCCAAGCGGCUGUGCCUGGUGUGCGGGGACAUUGCUUCUGGGUACCACUACGGCGUGGCUUCCUGUGAGGCCUGCAAGGCCUUUUUCAAGAGGACUAUUCAAGGGAAUAUUGAAUACAGCUGCCCGGCCACCAAUGAAUGUGAGAUCACGAAACGGAGGCGCAAGUCCUGUCAGGCCUGUCGCUUCAUGAAAUGCCUCAAAGUGGGGAUGCUAAAAGAAGGUGUUCGUCUGGAUCGAGUCCGCGGAGGCCGUCAGAAAUACAAGAGGAGAUUGGAUUCUGAGAGUAGCACUUAUCUGAGCUUACAGAUCCCUCCCCCAGCUAAAAAAGAUAAAACAACCACUUCUCCUUUGAAAUGUGCAGUGACUAAGAUCGUCUCCCACUUGCUGGUGGCUGAGCCAGAGAAGAUUUAUGCCAUGCCUGAUCCAACCAUGCCGGAGAGUGAUAUCAAAGCCCUGACAACCCUCUGUGACCUGGCAGACAGGGAGCUGGUGGUGAUCAUUGGCUGGGCAAAGCACAUCCCAGGGUUCUCCAACCUCUCCCUUGGAGACCAGAUGAGCCUCCUGCAGAGCGCCUGGAUGGAAAUCCUCAUCCUGGGCAUUGUGUACCGUUCCCUGCCCUAUGAGGACAAGCUCGUCUAUGCUGAGGACUACAUCAUGGAUGAAGAACACUCUCGUCUGACAGGGCUGCUGGAGCUCUACCUGGCCAUCCUCCAGCUGGUGCGCCGCUACAAGAAGCUCAAGGUGGAAAAGGAGGAGUUUGUCACGCUCAAAGCUCUGGCCCUCGCCAACUCAGACUCUAUGCACAUAGAGGACAUGGAUGCAGUGCAGAAGCUCCAGGACCUUCUCCACGAAGCCCUGCAGGACUACGAGCUGAGUCAGCGCAAUGAGGAGCCCCGGCGAGCAGGCAAGCUGCUCCUGACCUUGCCCCUCCUGCGGCAGACGGCCGCCAAAGCUGUGCAGCACUUCUACAGCAUCAAACUGCAGGGCAAGGUUCCCAUGCAUAAACUCUUCCUAGAAAUGCUAGAGGCAAAGGUCUGACAGCCCCAGCACCAGCCAGCAGUGGCCGGGCAACAAACUAGAAACAAAGAUGCAGACAACGGAGCAAUCCAAACAGCAGCAGCAGCAGCCACCGCCGGCUUUUAUCUCCAGUCAUUUAUUAUGGAAGAAUUAUUUAAUGUGUCUCUGUCGGCGUGACUGCAGAAUCUCGUGUACAGGAGGGGGGAAAACUCUUUUAAUCAGUCACCUGUUUCUCUUUUUUUUUGUUUGUUUGUUUUCUCUGUGGGAAAUACCAGAACAUGCUCUUGCACUCGUGGAGGCGGCCGCUGGGGCACACUCCCCUGAGCAGUGAUGCUCUCAGUGCUGCCCAGGCUGCCUGCUCCCCAGCUCCCUCCGCCACGGAGGGAGGGGGAGUGGGGACAGAAGCAGGAAGAGAGGAAGGAUAGAGUCAGUAUAAACUUUAUGUGCUGGUGUUGCGAGGGGUCAGGUUAGAGAGGGAAGUGGCCAGGGUCCUUCUUUUUGUCUCCUUUCUGGCUCUAACCAUAGAGCAGAUGCUCCUUUGGAGAAGAGCACUGCUGGACCUCUCCUGAUGGAAAGGCUGCUCCCAGGCUCCUCCAGCAACAGCUAUCACUUGUACAUACAGGCCCCACUUCUUCCUGGGAACGACGCUCCUCACUGUGUAAGAUAUUCUGCCACCUUGUACAGUGUGUCAUUACACCUGCCUAGUCCCUCCCAUGUAUAAUCCCCACAGGCCCCUGAAGAGAUAGGAUUAUGUCCCUGAGAGAGUGCAAGUCUCUCUUCCUCGAUGGCAAGAAAAAGAGGAGAGAGACUAGUGUUAUGCUUCAGUGCUGGGUUGACUUGAUAAUCUCUGCAUCCUCUCCUAUGUGGUGCUAACUAUACUUCUUCCACACUUCACACCCCAUAGUGUAUCAGACCUGCCUCUUCAGCUCAACUGAGUGCCGUUCCCCACUUGUUCCUUGUGGCAGAGAACACAAGUCUUUGUCUGCAUGGUUACUGCCCAAGUAUAAAUACACCCCAAGUUAGGGCUUUCCUAGACUUCAUUAAAGUGAUAGCUCUUUGCCUCCACAGAGAUUUAGGCUUAUUGCCAAAUGCCAGUUAGGAAUCAAGGGCACUGCUUUUUGGAGGAGGCAGCUCUUGAGCUUGAGAGAUUGCUUUUUUUGUGGCAGCCUAGGGAAAUAAAUUAGAGGGUGGCAUGAAACCCCUGAUAUCCCAACUACUGUCUUCCCCUGCCUCAUCCCAUUAUCCUCAACAGCUGGAAAAAAAAAAAGAAGCUAGCAUAGAUUAUAGCUGGGACUAGUAAGAGGUUCUCCCACCGAUGGGAAAGCAAAUACCUGACCUUGAGGUGGUGGGAGAAGUGGGGGAAUGUUUAUUUAUUCCUCUUAUGUAACCAGGUUCCUGCUUGUCUCCAAGCCCUGGCUUAGAUCUGCUGCCUAAGUCACAACUGCUGCAUUCCCAGUAGCCAGAGGGGAAUGUGAGCUACUGACAAAACUAUCUGUUUCUGAUAUUUGCUUUUCUAGGUCACUUAGUUUUGAGACAAUGUGGGCUGAUGAAAUCUGAAUGUAUUGUCUAUUUUGUGGUCAGCGGCAUGACAGGAGAGGUAAGAAAAAGCCCCUGAUCUACAUUUGAGACACUGUUAGCUCUACUGCUUCUGUUCCCCUCAAGCUUCCAUCCCUUCCUGGCUACCCCAGGAGGGAGGUGGUGUGGCAGAGGAAUAAUUUGCCCCCAGCAGGAAGCCUUCCAAACCAGGGCUGUGGUGUGUGAUCAGGGACACACUGGGUGCUUGUUUUCUGCUGGAAUAGAAUGAGUAACAGCAGCGCUGUCCGGGCUGCAGAGCAACACCCAGGCUAGCUCAGAGACUAGGGGCACCCACUGAUGUUGACCUCUCAGCUCUUGUAGCCAGCCUGCUCCUGACACUUGGGUUAGUCCAGUUCCAUCUCCUUUUGAGUUUUCCCUACACUACACAGUUGUAGCUGUUCUCGCUCACCUUGUUCUCGAUAAAGGAAUUCAGUCUCACUUCAGGCACAUCAGUAAACCAACAGAGACCUAAGGGGCAGUAGGCACACAGGAGCUGAGACUGCUUCCAUGUUCACAGUGGUAGCAAUUACACAGUGGCCUCGUGCUUUGAGCAGAUAGCUGUGCUUCUUUUCCCCAUCUCCCUCCCAGAGUCAGUUGGGGAGAAAAGGAGAGGCUUUUUGUUGUGCUCAUGAUGGCUGUACCCAUCUGUGACUGAGAGGGACCAAAGUGAAACACACGCCACCACUGCAGAGCCAGCUUGCCAUGUGCUGCACCCUGGCAGCUCCUUCUGGCUGUGGCACAAAUGCUGUCACAAAUGUGCUGGGUUGUGCUGACUCCUCUAAGUUUGACUCACUUGACCGCUGUUGCUUCCCUACCGAGGCCCACCCAGCUCAGCCACAGCAUGUUGUGUCCCAGCCUGCUGCACAAAGGAAGCUGUCCCAAAAGGAGCCGAAAAGGCCACUGCCUAGUUAGAGUAGGGCUAUGAUACCAAGGCAACUCCUGCCUCGGCAGAACAAAGUAAAGAUACCAAUUGCAUUUUUUUUCCCAGGACCUUCUUUCUCCAUUACAGCUGCAUAACCCUGGAGCCCAUCUGAGUAUCCCCUAUAGCUUGAAGAUAACAUGCCUGGAAAUGUUUAUGUUGCUUCUGAAAUAAGAUGAAAUAACCAGACAGUAAUUAGCAUAUAUUAAUCUCUUUAAGCAAGGAAUGCAAACUCUUCCCCAGGAACCAGGACAGAAACACCAGUCUAGAUUUAACCCUUAAAAGGCUUGUACCACCUUUUGUCGGGAACCAGGUCAGGUGUCUUGCAGAGCACUGCAGGAAUCAGAAGCACCUCUUCCCACUUACCCUGCUCUGCUGUGCAUCACUGGUACUAUCGUGUUGCCACACCCAAGAAGCAUGUCCAGCUAUGCAGUGAGCUGGGCUCACCAAGAAAGAGAACAUCUUAGUAUAUUCCCCUCAGUGCAUUUUGAAGUAGGAAACAAGGUUUCAGCAGCUGCCAAGGUCUUUGAGUGCUCACAGUCUCUUACAAAAAGGGCUGGGGAUGUGGAAGCUGAGACAUGAGCUAGGAAAUAGGUUCUGGGUGCUCUUUAUGCCACUCAUUUGUAAUAACCAGGUCACAGAGUCAGCGCCAUACAGCUGCUGUUCUGCAUGGGGUAAAACAUGAUGGAGCUUGAGUCUUGGGACACAAACAGGCCCUACGACCUAAAGAAACGCAAAGCAAGUGUAGAGGUGUGUCAGUGACAGCGAGCAUGAAGCCCACAGCCAGCACCUCUGGGAAAAGCAGCUCCAGCCUCUGACCUGCAUGCGCCAAUGACAGAAACCAGUGUCCAUCAGCUGCUACGAAAGGCAGUUCUUCACAAGUGUUGAGCUCUUCUGGUUUGGGCACUUUCUUCUCUGGGAACAGUGGUGUCUGGCCUCUAAUGCAACACAAAUUUCACAGGGAUCAAUUAAAAGGAAAGGUAAAAUAUCACACAGGAUUAGGUUUCUGGGGAAACUUGGGCAUUACACCUCACAGUGAAACUGUGAACCUACAAGAAACUCCCCCACAACAAUCAGAACCUUGCAGUAUUGCUCAUGCUAAGGGGGCAUUAUUGUUCUCUUUGUAAACUAAAUCAUCUUUUUUUUUUAAAAAAAACCUAUUACAAAUAUAUAAAAUAAAAUGUGCUGCACCAGAAACAUGUAAGCAGCUAUUAGAGGGAAAAGUCUUUGAGAAAGACCCUAGAAUGUAACUUGUUGAGCUUUUAUUACCACUUGGAGCUGAGAAAAAGAGCUUCCACUUUGUAUCCACAAGCUGUAAUCAAUCAUAGGGCCAAAGGCCGCUCUGUUGUUCUUGUGGCUGGGUUAUGUGGAGAAGCCAGAGAGACAGAGGCUGUGAGAAUGAUGCAGGGAGUUAUAGACAGUGAAAUAAACAGUAUCUACUUAACUAUUAUCUGCUCCUACAAAUAAAAAAAAAAGAAAAAACCUGUUACAUAAAUUGUAUUCUUGUGGUACAGGUCAUUUCAAACAAAACAAGAAA